CACCGCGGCUCCUCGCCUCCGACCAAGACCACUUCCCUUCUAGCCUUCGUCCCCCGUUUGCACUGUUGAGUGAGCCGAGCUGCGGCAUCGAGGCAGGACCAUUUUGCCGAGCCCUCGCCGCGCUUUUCUUUGUCUUCUCCCCUCUCGUUUCCAAUCCGCAUACAGACGUACAACCGCCCAGCAUGCGGCUGCCGUCAAUGUCAGCUGCGCUCGUCGCCACGCUCGCGUGGACGAUCCGCGGCGCAGAUGACCACCGCAGCGACUUGAAGAGCAUAACGUUGAGGACGCACAGCUUGGAACAGGUCGGUCUCGGACUCACGCCCGAACAACGUGGGCGGAUGACUGACUGGACGUGUUAUCGUAGCCGUAUCUCGACUCGGACAUGCAAAGCCGAUGGUUUGACUUUGGAGGCGACACCAUUGUGCGGACAGACUCAUACGUCCGCCUCACGUCCGACCGCCCCUCGCAGACCGGCUGGCUCUUCUCCCGCGUGCCCCUGACAGCUACGAACUGGGAAGUGGAGGUCGAGUUCAUGAUCUCUGGCAAGAACCAGCUCUACGGCGAUGGCUUCGCCAUGUGGAUCACCAAGCAGCGGGCGCAGCAGGGUCCCGUCUUCGGCUCCACCGACCGUUUUGAGGGCCUGGGCAUCUUCAUCGACACGUAUAAAAACAAUCGCCCUGGCAUCGUCUUCCCCUACGUCAUGGCCAUGUUCGGCGAUGGGCAGAAAUCGUACGACAAGAACACGGACGGCAAGGACCAGGAGCUGGCGGGCUGCUCGGCGCGCGGCAUCCGCCACGCCUCAGUGCCGACCAAGAUGCGCCUGACGUACAUUCAGGACAAGCAGCUGCGCCUUGAGCUUCAGUACAAGACUGAAGACGAGUGGGAGCUGUGCUUCGAGACGGACCACCCGCCGGCCAUCCCCAACAUUGCGUACCUUGGCUUCAGCGCCGAGACGGGCGAGCUGAGCGACAACCACGACAUCAUCUCCGUGUCAGCCAAGAAUCUGUACAGUGCGCCCGGCGCCCCCAUCACGCCAAACAAGGGCAAGAAUAAGGGCACUAAGGGCUACUCGUCCAAGGACGGCGGUAGCUGGACCUGGUUCUUCACUAAGAUAUUCCUGUUCGUUCUGGUCGCGGGCGGUGCGUACGUCGGCUUCACAGCCUACCGGGCAAAGGCCAAGAGCCAUCGAUUUUAAAGAGGCGGAAUGAGAAAAGCACGAACGGGACGACAUCACGGAGCUUUGAUGGCUGGCUGAUGCACGGAAGGGAGUGAUGAGCAGGGUCGGGUGACACCGAAAAAAACAAACAAUCUUGCAUGACUGGCAAAGUUUCUUUUUCCCCCUCCUCUUGCGGUAUGUUGUCUGAGUAUCAAGCCAUGGGAAGGCGAGGGAAGGAUGUAGCUAUAGGAAGACAUAGGGGCCGCAAUGAUUGGGGGUGGUGGCUAGCGAGAGCGACGAAUGUAAAGCUACUUACCUUGUGCACUUGCUAUCAGGAGCUCUUUUAUAGUCUAUGCUGACGCGGCUACAUUGCAUUCUAGGGCAGUGUAAUUGGCCGUUCACGGUUGGCGUUCUCACCCGAUCCGGGGCCAACAGGGGACCGCGGACGACUAAGUAUACACUCAACACCACGGGCAAGAAAGCGGGGACGAGGCUCUCUGCUAGCCAAACAAGAGAGCACAGAGAUGGAGGAAGCAUACUUAUAGAUCGAGCUACCAAGAGCCAUAUCAGAUCACUCGAGCUGGAAGACGAGACGGGGGGUCGCAAUGUCGCAAGGGCUAUUGGCAAGGUGUCGGGUAAGCAAAAUGAGAUGUUCUUUGCACUUGGGC